AAACAGAUAGAGGCGGGGGGAUUCGCUGUUGAUGCAAAAGCUCGAUGUCCAGUUCAACACUUAAUGUGGUAAACAGAACAGUAGCUGUAUUCUUUCAGAUCUUCAGACAGGCAGAUAGGAAACCAUAUUGUUAAUGAAUGGGCGCUGCAAAGGAGACCGCACGAACAAGCAACAUGAAACUCGAAUGAAGAUCCUAAGAUGUCUUUCAAGAAGGAAACACCCCUUGCCAACGCUGUGUUUUGGGCAGCAAGGAAAGGAAACUUGGCCUUGCUUCAGCUGUUGUUGAACAGUGGCCGUGUGGAUGUAGACUGCAAAGAUGGUCAGUAUGCCACUACAGCGUUAAUGGUGGCAUCCUACAAUGGUCACUAUGAUUGUGUCCGGGAGCUCAUCUUGCAAGGUGCAGAUAUCAACCUGCAGAGAGAGACAGGUUCUACUGCCCUCUUCUUUGCUUGUCAACAGGGCCAUAAUGAAAUUGUCAAGCUUCUGUUUGAAUUUGGAGCAUCUACUGAGUUUCGGACAAAGGAUGGUGGGACGGCACUCUCUGCUGCCUGUCAGUACGGUCACUCUAAAGUGGUCGACACCCUUUUGAAGAACGGAGCAAACGUCCACGACCAGCUCAAUGAUGGAGCAACACCUUUAUUUUUGGCCUCCCAGGAGGGUCACGUGACCGUCAUACGUCAGCUUUUGUCAUCUGGGGCUAAAGUCAAUCAACCACGAGAGGAUGGCACGGCUCCACUCUGGAUGGCAGCCCAGAUGGGAUAUUGUGAGGUGGUGAAAGUUCUGCUGCUACGGGGGGCAGAUCGUGAUGCAGAUAGGAACGAUGGCUCCACAGCUCUGUUCAAGGCUGCGCAUAAAGGACAUUGUAAUGUUAUUGAGGAGCUCCUCAAGUUCUCCCCAUCUCUCGGUCUUCUGAAGAAUGGUUCUACAGCUCUUCAUGCAGCCGUCAUGGGCGGGAAUCCAAAAACAGUUGCACUUUUGCUGAAGGCAAAUGCUGAUCCAGCUCUACCCAACAAGAAUAACGAACUGCCAGAAUAUCUUACACAGAAUGAGCGCAUCCUUAGACUCCUGCGACGGCCGAUACAGAAUGGAGGGAGUUGAUGACUGCUGUGUUUGGUCGUAGCUUUUUGCAAUGUUUGUUUUUAGGUCCAUGAAAAAUAAAUGCACUACAUCCUCCCAAGAGAGGUUAUUGAAAACAGACCAGUGGUUGCCUGUUACAGCUUUCCAGUCUUCUAACAGCAGUUUUAACGGUGCUUGCUUGCAGCUUGCAGCAGAUCAACAAUGCAAAUGCACUGACAAGCAUUAUUGCUUUUUCUUUCUCCUGGAAAUGAUAUGACAUGAAAAUAAUUUCAUUCAGCUUUUUUAAUUUAUUUAUAAAUGUCACGGUCUCUAGUAUCUAUAAAAUUGGCCUAUUUAGAAUGCAGCAGUUUAUGUUUGGUACUUUUAUUGCAUUGUUUUAAACUUAAUAAUGUUACAGAGUCUUUUUAUCAUGUCAAUAUAUUUAAUUAAAUAUAACUGGGCUCAUAAAUCAGUUUUAGUGUCAUACAUUCUCCAAAGACAAAUAACGACAAUAUCCAGCUACAUCCAAAUAAAAAAAGUUCAAUACAUCCUGGUCACUUGUCGGCUCUUUGCUGAGAGACUUAUUUUGCCAUAUUUAUUUUUCUGUGAAAUGCAGUUCAGAUUUUAAUAUAUACAUUAGUUUUCACACUCAAACUAAGUUGGACUAGGUGCUUCAAUACAUUUUUUCUUAACAUUGAUUUGUUUAAUCCUUUUGUCUUGUGAAAAAUAUGGUAAACUGUAUGUUUAUGAAAACAAUAAAUGUACAGAAUAAUGCAGGUUUUUUUUUUCAGUUCUAUUAUUGCAUAUUAAUAUACAUGCAUAUUAACAUAACACCAGAUGACUUCAUUCGUUGUCUAUGAUGAAGAACGCCACAAAGUUUACACGGUUAAAAUGAUGUAAACGGGAAAAAUA